AUGGCCGACAGACCCCACCAGCGCGGCGGCCGCGGGGGCGGCAGCGGGCAUUACCGCGGAGGCCGUGGCGGAGGGGGGCGCGGCGGCGGUCGAGGCGGCGCCAACGCUGGCCCCGGCGGCGACGGCCACGAGCGCGAGCGCCCCAAGAAGGAGAACAUCCUCGACCUAGCCAAGUACAUGGACAAGCAGAUCACUGUCAAGUUCAACGGCGGCCGCGAGUGCACCGGCACACUCAAGGGCUACGACGCCCUGAUGAACCUGGUGCUGGAUGACGUGCAGGAGGCUGUCCGAGAUGACGAGGGCAACGAGACGACCCGACCCCUCGGGCUCGUUGUGGUACGCGGCACCCUGCUAGUUGUGAUCAGCCCGGUAGAUGGCAGCGAGGUUAUUGAAAACCCCUUCGCCCAGACAGAGGACGACUGA